AUUCUGCCCUCUCUCUGAAUUUCUGGCGCCGCUCUCUCCUCUCCCUCGCACCUGGUUCGAACACUCUUCACCACCAAAAGGUAGAAUUGGAAGAUUUGGGGUUCUUUGAACUUGGUAGGCUCCAUAGCGAUUGGGUUCGAGUUUUACUGGUUGGUUAGAGAAAAUGGGGCACCAAUUCUUCCAACGCUUGUUUGAAUUAGCAGAUCUGUUGUCAUGAUUUGGGGUUGUAUUAGCCACUCCCUGUGAAAUGGUUGAUUGAAGAGCGCAUAAAAGAAGAUUUUGAAUUUGGUUGAGAGUAAAAGCUGAGUGUUGAGGAAUGGCAGCAGGUUUAGCUUCAAAGUGUUCACGGGUUGGUCGUUCAUUGUUGGGGGGCCUCGGCAACAACUUGUCUGGCUUAUUGAGCUCAUCACAUGAGAUGGCAAGCAGCACUUUCUUAUCUCAGCAGCAAAGGACCUUCAUACAGAUGAGGACUGUUCUGAAAGUCGUGGACAACUCAGGGGCAAAGAAGGUGAUGUGUAUACAAGCUUUGAAGGCAAAUAAGAAGGGGGCAAGAUUGGGAGACACCAUUGUUGCAUCAGUAAAGGAGGCCCAUCCCAAUGGAAAAGUGAAGAAAGGAAAGGUUGUGUAUGGUGUGGUUGUUCGUGCUGCCAUGCAGCGAGGCCGCUGUGAUGGGAGUGAGGUCAAGUUUGAUGACAAUGCUGUGGUACUUGUGGACAAGCAAGGGCAGCCGAUCGGGACUAGAGUAUUUGGACCUGUCCCGCAUGAGUUGAGGAAGAAGAAGCAUGUCAAGAUUCUUAGUUUGGCAGAGCAUAUUGCCUGAAAAGUGGAACACAAAGGAAUUCCAGAUGCACAAUAAGAACAGAAUGCUAUCUUGUAACGAGGUGUUAAAAGUUUGAAACGUCCAAGUGACCAGUUAAUUCAGCUAGAUCUUGGCAACGCUCAGCUCGACUGUCACUUUAUUGUAGCUUCUCAUGUCUGGUGAAAUGGUACCAAAAUCGAGUUUGUGUAAUUGCAAUGUGUCCAAUGAAUGAUAUGAUAUUGCAAUUUGUUUGAUGAAUGAUAUGAAACAAAAAAUGGUCCCUUUUUUA